CGCAGCCCGUGGGACAGACACAGCCACGAGCCAGAGAGCGGCUCAGAGCAGGGGGAACAAGGCAGAGCCUGACACUGCGGGCAGAGAGAAAGCAGAAGAUACCUUGAUGGCCAAUUGCCAUCACUGUCCAAGACAUAAUGGAUUUUCUGUGAGACUUCACAUUGCAUCUGCCAGAUCUGGAAGAGAAUUGAAGUGGCUGAAGGUUCUUCUCUUGCUAAAUCUCAGGUUUCUAUGGGAGACCAUGGUCAAUGGAUCAGAGGAAACUCCUCUUCCAAUGGCUGCAGCACCGGGGGCUGAACUGCUACAUGUACGCACCCAAGGAUGAGCUGAAGCACCGGCUGCUCUGGAGAGAGCCCUACACAGAGCAUGAGGCAGCCCGCAUGCGGUCUCUCAUCGAGGCUGCCCAAGAGCAGGGUGUGGAGUUUAUUUUCGCCGUUUCUGCUGGCCAGGACAUGGUGUUUUCCAGCGCUGGGGAUCGCCUCCUGCUGCAGCAAAAACUCAGGCAGGUGGCUGCCGUGGGGUGCCGCUCCUUCGCGCUGCUCUUCGACGACAUCGACCCCUGCAUGUGCCAAGCUGACAGAGAUGUCUUCCCCUCCCUGGCACAAGCUCAGGCCUCUGUGGCCAACGAGGUGUACCAGGAGCUGGGCCAACCCUCCAUCUUCCUCUUCUGCCCUACAGAAUAUUGCAGCUCGCUCUGCUCUCCCAGCCCCAGCCAGUCCUGCUACCUGCAGACCAUCGGCCAGGAGCUGCUCCCAGGGAUCGCUGUCAUCUGGACAGGCCCCAAGGUGGUGUCCCAGGAGCUCUCAGCAGAGCUGCUGGAGGAGGUGGAGGCUGUCCUGAGGCGCCGCCCCGUCAUCUGGGACAACCUCUACACCAACGACUACGACUGCAGGCGCGUCUUCCUGGGCCCCUACAUGGGCCGAGCUCCUGGCCUCACCUCCAGGCUCCAGGGGCUGCUCCUCAACCCCAACUGCGAGCUCCAGGCCAACUUCAUCCCCAUCCACACGCUGGGCACCUGGUUCCAGAGCGAGCUGGGCAGCUGUGCCCACCCUGACCGUGCAGGAAUGGAGGGAGCCCUGGAAGACAGCCAAGGUGCUCAGGAUGGAAGCUACAGCCCCCAGGAAGCCUUGGAGCUGGCUCUGCGUGACUGGGUGGCUGAGAUAAACCAGCAGGCUUUGGAGGCAGGAGGAAGGACCUCAGGACACCCCAGUGUCAGCCUCAAGGGAGGACCAAAGCUGCAGCCUGGCACGGCAGGAGGACAGGAGGUCACUCCCGACCCUCAGCUCCACAGCUCUGCUCCUGGUGGGGCACAUCAGCACAGCCCUGAGCCCUGUGGAGUGGCACCAGAGGAGGGGGACAGGGAGGUGACCUCAGAGCCUGAUCAGGACACUGGGAACAGGACACCCACGGGCCAUCAGCAGAGCCCUACAAGGGCUGGGGACCAGCUCGCCUCAGGGAGCUGUGAGCCCCCCUGUGCUGUGCCCAGCGUGGCUGGCAGUGCCCAGUCUGCAGGAGUCCCAGUGGCCACCAAGACCCUCCCCAGUCCAAGCCCCACCACGAGCUCCAGCAGUCAGAACGUUUCCUUGCCCACCAGGGAUGCCAGGACAGGGAAUGGCAGCCCCGUCCUGUCCCCCAGCAGCACCCGGCCUGAGGCCAUCAGGACUGAUGUGCCCCAGACACCCCCAGGACCUGGGGCUGGUGCCAGCCCUGCUGCCCCAGCCCCACUGACUGAUGAGGUUGGUGCCAGCCCUGGUCCCAUGGCACCAGUGACCCCAGAGGAGGCCGGGCCUGGCCCCAUGGCACCACUGCCCCCCAAGGAGGCCACAACCAGCUCCCCAGCACAGGUGACCCCAGAGGAGCCCAGGACCAGCCCCAUGGCACCAGUGACCCCAGAGGAGCCCAGGACCAACCCCAUGACCCCCAAAGAUGCCAGGACCAGCCCUACAGCAAAGAUGACCCCAGAGGAGGCCAGGACCAGUCCCAUGGCACCUGUGACCCCAGCGGAGGCCAGGACCAGCCCCACAUCCCAGGUGACCCCAGAGGAGGCCAGGACCAGCCCCACAGCCCAGGUGACCCCAGAGGAGGCCAGGACCAGUCCCAUGGCACCUGUGACCCCAGAGGAGGCUGAGUCUGGCCCCAUGACCUCCACGGAGGCCGGGACCAGCCCCACAACUCAGGUGACCCCAGAGGAGGCCAGGACCAGCCCCCCAUCCCAGGUGACCCCAGAGAAGGCUGAGUCUGACCCCAUGACUCCCAAAAAGGCCAGGACCAGCCCCCCAUCCCAGGUGACCCCCACGGAGGCCAGGACCAGCCCCCCAUCCCAGGUGACCCCCACGGAGGCCAGGACCAGCCUCACGGCACCGAUGACCCCAGAAGAGGCUGAGUCUGACCCCAUGGCACCAAUGACCCCAAAGGAGGCCAGAGCCAACCCCACAGCACCCCUGAGCCCAGAGGAGGCCGUGUCCAGCCCUACAGCACCCCUGAGCCUGGAGGAGGUGCGGAUGCUGGUGGAGCUCUUCUACCUGCCCUACCACCACGGGGCUCUGGCCCAGGAGCUCCUGGAGCACUUUCGGUGGCUGCGAGCAAACAGCCUCAGCGUGGGGGUCCCGGCCACGGCGCCCGAUGCCUGCGGGGGCAGGCGGUGGCGGGGCCGGGCUCAGUCCUUCCAGCUGCUCUGCGCACGGACGUGCCGCCUGCACAGCCGCUUGGUCAGCACGGCCAGCAGGGAGCUGCUCUACGACCUGCACCCCUACCUCUGGGACAUCCGCAACAUGCUGCUGGCCGCCGGUGCCUUCGUCCUGUGGCUGGAUGGUCACCUCCUGUGCGACCCUGACCCCAAGGGCACCUGGGGGAGCUGCUUUGGCUGGUGCCAGAGCAUCACUGCCCCCAUGCUGCUGGGCAGGGACGCCGAGCCCUGGGCGCGCCGUGGGGGCCUCUUUGGGGAGCUGCAGGCACUGCUGCCCGUGGGGAACAGCUGUGACCUGUUCUACCAUCCACCCCCGCUCUUCCCGUCCAGCCAGCUGUACCUGCUGCGCCCGCUGCUGCCCCUGGACAAGGGAGAGCUUUACCGCAUGUGCCGGGAGAGUUUGGACUGUGAUCCCAAAGUGGCAGAGAUCCUCGUGGCCCACCCGGAUCUCCUCGGUGACAGGCUCCUGGGCAGCUUCCUCAGCCUGAGCCCGGAGUACACCUUUGUGCUGGAGGAUGAGGAUGGCCCCUGUGGCUACGCAGCCGGAGCGCUCCACGCCGAAGGCUUCCUGCAGCAGCGAGACAGCAGCUGGCUGCCGGCCAUCCGGCACAAGUACCCCCCCGAGCUGGGCACAGCGGGGCCAGCUCUGGGACAGGAUGCCCUGGAGGAAGCAGUGCUCUUCUUCCACUCAGAGCCACUGGCAGUGCCCCAGCCCGUGCUGAGGCGCUUCCCCUCCCUGGUACAGCUGGGCACAGCCCCCCGUGUGCUGGAUGUGGGGGCCAGCCGCAGCCUGGCCCUCUGCCUGCUGAGUGCACUCAGAGCCAAUGGCUCACGGGGAGUGUUCUGCCAGGUCAGCGACGCCGACCGGCAGCAGCUGAGCUUCUACAGCAAGCUGGGCUUUGUCGCCCUGCCGGUGGCCUGGGGCAGCUCUCCCGGCUCUCAGCUCCUGGGACGUCUCCUCUGAUGGGGCACAGGGAGGCAGUGCCCCAGGCCAGGCUGGUUCCCAGGCCGGGCUGAACCCCCCAUCCCACACAGCAUCGGCCUGAGCAAGCGGGAGCAGAGGGGCACCUCGAGCAGGCCAGGUACACGUGAGAGGGGACAUAGGGACAAGCAGGAUGUCACUGGGAUGUGUGCAGGGCUGUCAGGUACCUGGGUAGCAGAGAGAUAUUGCUGCUGCUGAGGGGAUUUGGCCACCUCUGUGCCACCCCAGCUGCUGCUGUUUGCUGGGUGCCCAGGCCAGCAGAGCCUCAGGCCUGCAGGAGCUCGUGAGCAGCGUUUGGGUUUGUGAUCCUGGGGCACAGCACGGUGCCUUCGUGCCACGGGAGUGUCCCCAUCACGCAGGCUGGGCUGCCCAGCUCUCUCCAUCCCCUGUGUGGCCUGAGACUGGGCGGUCAGUGCUGGGGCUGGCUCUCGGCACUGAGGAUCUGCUUGUCUGUAUGGAUUGAUAUGGGAUGCGGUGAGGCAGCCUCUGUUUUUGUGCCUGGGGCCUGAGGGAAGCGCUGUCCUUGGCAAUAAAGCGUUUG